AUGGAAAAAUGUGGGUUGGGAAUACUUACUGAGCCCGAAACGGUCAAGCUGAACGUGAGACUGGAUACACUAUGGAACCCUAGCAGAGGCGGCAGCAACAGCUCAAGGAAAUGUGAGGGAUCUGUUUUUACGAAAAGAAGUAAAAUUCUUGUCACGGCACGUGCUGAGAAAGUUGCUUCUAACAUGAGAUCUAAAGUGCAUCUCCUGAGGGAAUUACGAGGGGAUGAAUGCUUGAAUGUUUUUGAAAAACAUGCAUUAAAAGAUGAUGAUCUUGAAUUGAAUGAUGAUCUAAAGGAGAUUGGUAGAAGGAUAGUUGAGAAGUGCAAAGGAUUACCUCUUGCUUUGAAAACAAUUGGAAGUCUUCUCCGCACAAAGUCAUCCAUUUCAUAUUGGAAGAGUGUAUUGGAAAACGACAUAUGGGACUUGCCGAAAGAAGUGAAAAUUAUCCCUGCUCUAUUACUGAGUUAUCAACACCUUCCUUCUCAUCUCAAGCGAUGCUUUGCUUAUUGUGCAUUGUUUCCGAAAGAUCGUGAAUUUGACAAGAAGGAAUUAAUUUUGUUGUGGAUGGCUGAAGGUUUUCUCCAUCACUCUCAACAAAUCAAUAAUGUAGAAGAAAUUGGUGAACAGUAUUUCGAAGAUCUACUAAUGAGGUUGAAAUUUGAUAAAGGAAACUGCAUCCCCAAAACAACCCGUCAUUUUUCAUUUGCAUUCGAUGACUUUUUACGUGUCUUAUCGUUGAAUGCAUAUUCUGAGCUUAGAGAAGUCCCUGAUUCUGUUGGUGAUCUUAAACAUCUCCAUUCUUUAGAUCUUUCGAGAACUGGGAUACAAAAACUACCUGACUCAACAUGUUUGCUCUAUAACUUGCUAAUCUUGAAGUUGAACUAUUGUUCAAGGCUGGAAGAGUUGCCCUCAAAUUUACAUAAACUCACCAAAUUGUGUUUCCUGGAAUUUAAAAAUACAAAAGUGACAGAGAUGCCAAUGCGUUUUGGAGAGUUGAAGAAUCUUCAAGUACUCAGUCCGGUUUUUGUCAAUAAAAAUAAUGAAUUCAAUAUUAAGCAUCUAGGAGGGCUCAAUCUUCAUGGAAGACUAUCAAUUAAUGAGGUGCAAAAUAUUGUAAAUCCUCUAGAUGCAUUAGAAGCAAAUCUGAAAAAUAAAGAUCUUGUGGAGUUAGAGUUAAAAUGGGAGUCAGACCAUAUCCCUGAUGAUCCAAGGAAAGAAAAGAAAGUAUUGGAGAAUCUACAACCUUCCAAAAUCGUGGAAUAUUUGUCAAUAGAGAACUAUGGUGGUACAAAAUUCCCAAGUUGGGUAUUUGAUAAUUCAUUAUCAAAUUUGGUGUCCUUAAGGCUGGAGGACUGUAAAUAUUGUUUGUGUUUGCCUCCCCUUGGACUAUUGUCAUCUCUGAAGACCCUUAAGAUUAUUGGAUUGGAUGGAAUAGUGAGCAUUGGUGAUGAAUUUUAUGGGAAUAGCUCUUCUUCGUUUACAUCUUUGGAAAGUUUGGAAUUUUCAAGAUGA